AUGUCGCCGGGGAAGCGAACGGCAAGUCACCGCUGCCCCCCCCUCCCCCCCUUCCCACGCCCUCCGCCGCCACCGCUAUCUAUCAUAUCUAUUCCCUCCUCACUCGACACCGACUCUCCGACUCUCCCCCUGCGACACCUGGCGCGAACAAAUGUCUGCAUAGUUUCGGAAUCCUCGUUCCUCGCAUAUCGUCGAAAGUUCUUUCAAUUUCGUACGAAGAGCCGGUCACACGCUCGUGGUUCGAUCCCCAUCAUCGAAAAGAGACCGGAGGCCGGGUUCGACGGUUGCGCAACCAAGAUGAGGUCCUUCUGCAUUUCCGGAUUCUCGGACGCCCUGGACUGGAGGACCCUCUUCCAGGAGCCAAUCAUCGCUCAGGGCGCAUGCGCACUCUGUGGAAUGGUGCCCCUCAAAGACACCAGGCUGUCCUGUGGCCACAUGCUCUGCUCAGAGUGCCAUGAGGAGUGCUCUCCGGAAGGGAGGACCUGUCCUAUCGACGUAGAGUCCUUCGGCAACGAUGACUGCGUCCAACCCGGCAUUUCAGAGGGUUCCCUCGAAAAGCGCCGGGUGACAAAAAACAACGAAGACAACAAAGAUGACAACAGUGACAGUGGGCGCGACAACGGCGGCGAAGGCGACAACGACGACAAGAACCAGCACUCAGAAGAAAAAGGAGAAGAACACGAAGAAGAAGGAGAAGAAAAAGAAGAAGAAGAAGAAGAAGAAGAAGAAGAAGAAGAAGAAGAAGAAGAAGAAGAAGAAGAUGAUGAUGAUGAUUAUGAAGAGGAUGACGAUUUUGAUGAUGAUGAGGACGAAAAAGAAGAAAAAGAUGAUGAUGAUGAAAAGUUUGAAAAUGAUGUGAUGAACAUAAUGGACAUGCUAAGAAGCAGAAGAGAGAAGGCGAAGAGGAUGAAUAGCAGAGUGAGAGUAAUGAUGAACAGGACGUUGAAGAUGAAAAACCAUGUGUUGAAGAUGAAAAACAAGAUGUUGGAGAUGAAAAACACUGUGAAGACGAACAAGAAAGACACGAUGAAGAUGAUGCGAAAGAUGGAGAAGAUGAUGCAGAAAAUAGAGAUGAUGAUGCAGAAGAAGGAGACGUCAAUGAAGAAUGAAUGAUAUGGUAAUGAAGAAUAAACUUUAAGAUCAGAACGUCCUCGCAUGGCCCUUUAAA